UGGCUGUCGCCUUGACGCGAAGCAGCUGAAGAUUUCCUGUUGACGUUUGUGUGCCUCGCGAGAUUUGCUAGGCGGCGGCAGUCAGGGCAGCAAAGGAAAGGAGAACACUUUUUAAACACACGUUUACAUUGACAAUUGUCUGCCGCCAUGUCUUCUUCUUGUUUUUGUCGGCUCCUGUACUUGCUAACGCUUGGUCUUGUGUGCCAUACUACGUGGGCUCAGCAGCGGAGCCUCUCAGCAGAGAAUCUGCUGGUCAUCACCGCAGCAACAGAGGAGACGGACGGCUUUGUACGAUUCAUGAGGACGGCCAAAGAGUUCAACUACACUGUGAAGGUCCUGGGUCUGGGAGAGGAGUGGCGCGGUGGCGACGUGGCUCGCACGGUCGGCGGCGGCCAGAAAGUGCGAUGGCUGAAGAAGGAACUGCUGAAACAUGCUCACCGGGAAGAGCUUGUCAUCAUGUUUGUGGACAGCUAUGAUGUCCUCUUCGCUUCGGGUCCGGAGGAAGUUAUGCGCAAGUUUUUCCGCCUUGGUCACAGAGUGGUUUUCUCGGCGGAGGGCUUCUGUUGGCCAGACCAGCGUCUGGCUCCCAAGUACCCCGCCGUGCAUUCUGGGAAACGCUACCUCAACUCGGGAGGGUUUGUGGGCUUUGCUACGGACAUCAACGCCAUGGUUCAGCAGUGGAAAUUAAAAGAUGACGACGACGACCAGCUUUUCUACACCAAAAUCUACUUGGACCGGGCGCAGCGGACCAAAUUCAACAUGACUCUGGACCACCGCUCAAGGAUCUUCCAGAACCUGAAUGGAGCUGUUGAUGAAGUUGUUUUAAAGUUUGAGAGGGCAAAGGUCAGAGUGAGGAAUGUGGCCUAUGACACACUUCCUGUUGUCAUCCAUGGCAACGGACCCACUAAGCUGCACCUGAACUAUCUGGGGAACUAUGUCCCGACGGCGUGGACGUACGAGGAUGGCUGUGGUGUUUGUGACAACGACCUGCUCUUCUUUGAUGCCGUGGAUGAUCAGGACAUGCCUCUGGUCUAUGUGGCUGUGUUCAUCCAACACGCCACGCCCUUCAUGGAGGAGUUUCUGGAGCGGCUAACUACGCUCAACUAUCCUCUCGCUCGCAUCCGACUCUUCAUCCACAACAACGUGGUCUACCAUGAACGCCACAUUCACAAAUUUUGGAAGCAACAUAGAGCGCUCUUUCCCGAUGCUGUGCUGAUUGGACCUGAGGAGAACCUGCAAGAGGACAGGGCUCGCAACAUGGCUGUAGAGGCUUGUAAGAAGGAUCAGGAUUGUGAUUACUACUUCAGCAUCGACUCGUCUGUAGCCUUGACCAACCCCGACACACUGAGAAUACUCAUGGAGGAGAACAAAUCCGUCAUUGCACCCAUGCUGUCCAAACAUGGAAAACUGUGGAGUAACUUUUGGGGGGCUCUGAGUGCAGAAGGCUACUACUCCAGAUCUGAAGACUACAUUGAGAUUGUCCAAGGAAAGAGGAUGGGUCUCUGGAAUGUUCCGUACAUGUCCCAGGCUUACCUGAUCAAAGGCAGCAUACUGAGGUCGAAACUGUCCCGGGUGAACCUGUAUGAGGACCCCAGCAUGGAUCCAGACAUGGUGUUCUGUAGGAGGAUCAGGGAACAGGUGACUUAUUUUUAUUAUCAUCAUCUGGUGUUCUGCUGCCUGAUCAUCUCAUGUCAACACACACAGGGGGUGUUUUUGUUCGUGUCCAACCGAGACGACUUUGGCCGUCUGGUAUCUUCUAACAACUUCAAUACAUCCAGGCUGCAUCCUGACAUGUGGCAGAUCUUCGACAACCCUCUGGACUGGAAGGAGAAGUACAUCCAUGAGAACUACUCCAAGAUCUUCGAGGACCAGAAGAGCUUUGUGGAACAGCCAUGUCCAGAUGUGUACUGGUUCCCGGCCUUCUCUGAAAAGAUGUGUGACAACUUGGUGGAGACCAUGGAGGACCACGGCGAGUGGUCUGGCGGUUCCCACAAGGACGAGCGCCUGGCAGGCGGCUACGAAAAUGUCCCAACUGUGGAUAUCCACAUGAACCAGAUUGGAUUUGAGAAGGAAUGGCUCAAAUUCCUUAAAGAGUACAUUGUGCCUGUAACAGAAAAACUCUAUCCUGGAUACUACCCUAAGGCUCAGGCCAUCAUGAAUUUCGUGGUGCGUUACCGUCCUGACGAGCAACCGUCUUUGCGACCGCAUCACGACUCGUCCACGUUCACCAUCAACAUCGCCCUUAACAGCAAGGAUGUGGACUAUGAGGGUGGGGGCUGCAGGUUCCUGCGUUACGACUGCCAAGUGGAGUCCCCCAGGAAGGGCUGGUCCUUCAUGCAUCCCGGCCGCCUGACUCAUUAUCACGAGGGCCUGCCUACCACCAGUGGCACCAGGUACAUCAUGGUGUCCUUUGUUGACCCCUAGAUGCCCUGCUGCGGCUGUGUGUGCGUGAGAGAGCGUCAUCACACAUCACGCACUGACUUGGCCGGUGACCUUGAAUGCAUCUCAGCAGAAACUUUCCAGUUGAAUUUCAUUCAUGCUCCUGAUUAGAUGCCUAGCCUUGCUGUGUGGUCACGUGUUUCUCACUCUGGCACGGGACACGCCUGCCUGGCGGUCUCCGUAGCAACCAGCAAUGCUUGUCAUUCCGAUGGAAGGGAGCAGAGCAACACCUCGUAGUCCUUAAUCAUUUCAGCUCUAUGUUUUCAGAAUUCACACACCAUUUGGAAUGGGAUCAGUGUAUACAUGGCUGGAGUUGAGCUCUAACAGAACAACUUAAACAAAAAAAAAACUCACACAGUACUACAUACAGUACUAUACAGCUACUACUCAGUGUUGUGGCCUUUUUACAUGGAAAAUGCAAUAUUUAGUAUAUACAAAUGACUGUUGACUGUAUUGAAGAAGAUGAAUGAAUUUAUCGUCUUUAUGGGAGCUCAGGGAGGCAUUGAGGGUGGUUGGCUCCCACCUGAGUUGAACCUUUUUUUUUUUUU